UGACAUGUGUAGCGAACGAAGAAGAAAAUAAAGGAUGGCUGUUUUCUUUAGACGAAAAUUUAUAAGAAGUUUUAUCAAAGCUGUUCAAGCCAAGACUGUCGAACUUGACAAAGUAGGAAGGAAGGAAGAGAUAGCAUUGAAAGAAAACUUCAAAUAUAAAAUAAAUAAAGGAAACAUCCAAUACAAGGCUGAAGAUGUAGCAAGGAAACUUGGAGUGUCCACGGAAAAUAUUAUAUCAUUAAGUGUUGAUGAUAUCAAUGAACAGAACCAAGCUGAAUCGAAAGAUCCACCCCCUUGGGUUGUUGAUUGUGAAAACAAUUAUAACAGUAUUAAGUUCACACUUUCCAAGAACUAUUUAUAUCAGAAUGCAUUGAAAAUGGUACGGGAACAAAAGGAUAAAUACGGUACGGUGACAUUAUCAGAGGACACAGAUAAACAAAGAAUUCUUAUAGAGUACAGUUCACCAAACAUAGCCAAACCAUUUCAUGCUGGACACUUUAGGUCAACAAUACUAGGAAACAUAAUAGCUAACCUGUAUGAGGCGUGUGGUCACACAGUAUUCAGGGUUAACUACCUCGGAGACUGGGGCAUUCAAUAUGGGUUAUUGGGCUAUAUGAUGCGGAAGAGUGGCAGAGAGGAAAUUUUGGAUCGCAAAUCAGUUGUCUACAUGCUUGAGCUUUAUGUUCAGGCUAAUGAAGAAAAGGAAGCAGAGCGUUCACUCCCAGAUGACAAGAAAGUAGUUACAAUGGAAAGUCAAAAAGUUUUCCAAAGACUUGAAGAAGGUGAUCCUGAAGAAUUGAGGCUGUGGAGAAAAUGUAGAGAUUUAAGUGUACAUCAUUACCUAGAAACAUACAGGAAACUUGGGAUAAAGUUCACAGCCAUUGAAGGAGAAUCCAUGUAUGUUACACUAACAAAAAACUUACUGGAGAACUUGAAACGCAAAGGAAAGCUCAAAUUUAGAAGUGACACUGGGGUCGGCUACAUGGAGCUGACACCUGAUGGACUGAUAGAUGAAGCAGUACUUGUCAGAAGUAAUGGCACAUCGUUAUACUUGACCAGAGAUGUUGCUGCAGCACUUGACAGGCACAGAAGAUACCAAUUUGAUAGAUGUCAUUAUGUUGUAGAGCAAGGCCAGUAUCUCCAUUUUAAACAGCUGGGUAGGAUACUGAGAGAACUGGGUGUAGAAUGGGCCAAAAGGUAUGAAGACACCAUACACAUUGGGUUUGGAAGGAUCGCAGGCAUGAAGACCAGAACAGGCAAUAUUGUCCUUUUACACAAGCUUCUGAAAGAUGUAAAGGAUGUGAUAAUAGAUAAUAUGGACAAUUCUGAAUUAACAAAAGUGGUCGGAGAUGAGAAAGAUAAAGCUGCAGAUAUUAUAGCACUGACAACCCUUGUGUUUUGGGAUCUAACAAAACCAAAGAAAAGAGACUACAUUUUUAACUGGGAUGAAUUAAUUAAGAAUGGUACCAUGCAUGGCAGUCUAAUGCAUUACUGUCAUUCACGACUGUGCAGUCUUUUGUCUUCGUUUUACACACCUGAUAUGGAUGAUGGUGACGUUGACCUGAGUUUGUUGACUGAGAGAGAAGCUCUUGCUCUUCUCAGUUCAUUGAUAGAAUAUGAACAUGUCGUAGAGACUGCUGUGAUAACAGAAGAUCCAUUUAUCAUAGCCUCUUUCCUUAAUGGUUUUAGAAAUCAGAUCAAUUCAGCACUGGCAAAACUGCAGGUGAAAGACCAAGAUCCUGAUGUUGCCAAGGCAAGACUUCAACUAUUCAAGUGCUGUAGAACUGUGUUUGCAAAUGGACUGAAUUUACUUGGAAUUACACCUCUGGAGAAAAUGUGAUAUGAAAAUACAGCAUGGAUUUUUAAUUUAUGUUGACAGGUGGAGAACCUUUUUCAAUAUGUGUGUGUGUAUGAGUACGAGUGUGAGUGAAGGAAAAGUAUGAAAUAC